AUGGCGGCGAAGGGCUGGGGCAGGACGUCUAGGUUGAGCUUGUUGGUUUGGGACUGGUCUUGUGGCCGGUGGCUGCCCGAUGACUGUGAAUUGAGGAGAGAGAGAAUCGGGGUCGGGGAGCGCGGAGGAGAGAGAAGGAGGUUUGGGCAUAUGCAAUUGGAUGGCACUUACAAGGGCAAUGAACAAGCUCACUAUGUUGAGGAACAAGGUGGAGAUGGUAACAUGUUUUAUGUGUGUCAUGCUGCAUCUGAACAACAAGAAGACAAUGUUUGGUUUGUUGACAAUGGAUGUAGCAACCAUAUGAAUGCAAACAAGAAGCUUCUGUGUGAUAUUGACACUUCCAAGACUACCCAAGUAAAGAUGGGAAAUGGAGAUUUAGUUGAUACAAAGAGAAUGGGAAGCAUUGCUAUAAAGAAAAAGAAGGGAAGAAUGUUCAUUUGA